AUGACUGGGAAGCUGUACGACAUGCGCGUACACCGAAGGCAGGAUAUGAUCAUUCAAACCGUUGCAAUCGUCAACCCUGACUUGUCUGUAGAUUUUUCCAAUUACUGGACAGCUGCGAUGUACUUCAAACAUCAAAACGGGUCGUAUAAGCGCGUGCCCAUCUACCCGAACGCUCAACUAGGAUAUGAAGGUCAAAAUGCAGACCACAUCAAGGGAGGUAUGACGAUAUACUAUACUCAAAAAGACUUCAACAGUUCCGACCUCGGGAAUCCAGUGAGGGCUUUUCCUCCGAUUUCUAACUGGGCUAAGGGCUUUCGUAUGACUGUUGGCAAUCCGUCGACGACCACAAUCAACGGCACCAAGAAAGGUCUGGCAUACACGUGCCUGCAAACCAUCCUCACUAGAGGCUACGAGACUCCUGACUUCCCGAAAGAGCCAUGUCCUGCCGGUAUAAUGGCUAUUCAGUCCCAUAUGUUCUCUACCACACUGGGUGGUUUCCGCCCAGCUGAUCCCUGCCCCGCUUCGCACCCCAUCAAGAUGCCGCAGCUAGCAUACGAAACGAUGUGGAAUACGACCGCUUUCGCCGAUAUGUGGCCAACCGAUGGUUCGCAGCCAUUCGUAUGGAGCUACUCUGAUAGUAGAGGCUACGGCACUCAUGCUGACUACGUGUUUGGAUGGAAAGGAGACAGCUUGCAGCGGGUGAUGAACGACAGCUGCAUGUUCCAUUACUGUGGAAGUCCAGGCAUGCAAGGUGUGCUAAAAACGCAGACUGUUGAAGAGAUGAAUGCUUGCGCGGUUGAAAGCUCCGUUGAUGAAGAUGUGGAGGGAUGGCUGGAUCAUCUCCCCGGGUACGAGAUGGAGGCUUGA